AUGGAAGCAGCAAAACAAUCCUACGUAUCAAGGCCAGCACCUAUUCAAACUGUGAGACUUAGAAUACACCAUAAAGGGGAUUUGAUAACUCAUCCCAUUACACUGUAUGUUGGUGAGACUUUGACUGAAAUGGAUUGGGAUUGGGAUGUAGAUUAUCUGUCUUAUAUGGAGGUUGAAAAAAUGAUAAAAGAUGUGGGUUACACAAAUGUUAAAGGGUUUAAGGUAGUUGAUAUAUAUGUUGAACACGAUGUUGAUAUACCUGAUGUCAUAGAGAGUGAUGAAGAGGCUGAUAUGAAUGAGGCAGCUGAUUUGAAUAUGGAGAGUGAGGCAGUUAAUGUGAAUGUGGAGAGUGAAGCAGCUAAUGUGAAUGUGGAGAGUGGUGCAGCUAAUUUGAAUGUGGAGAGUGAGACAGCUAAUUUGAAUGAGGAGAGUGAGGCAGCUAAUGUGAAUGUGGAAAGUGAGGAUGCAACAAAUGAUGUCAAUGGGGCUGAUGUGAAUUUGAAUGAGGAUGCAACAACUGAUGUCAAUGGGGCUGAUGUGAAUUUGAAUGAGGAUGCAACAACUGAUGUUAAUGGGGCUGAUGUGAAUGUGGAGAAUGAAGGAGAUGACAGUGAAACUGAUCCGGAUUAUGAGGAAAGUGCUGAAGUUGAUGAUGAAAGUGAUACAUACGAUGGUGAAAGUGAGGAAGUUGAUGAUGAAAGUGAGGAAGGUGAUGAUGAAAGUGUUAUGGAUUGGGCAACAAUUUUUCCCAAUGCACAGUGUGGUGAAAGCUCUUCCAAACAUGUUAUUCCAGAUGAGGAUGAUUGUGAUUCGGAUGAACUGCACACCCCUCCAGAAAGUGAUGUUGAAGAUGAGAUGCCAAAGUUUCCAGUUUUUAAAGAUACCACUAAAUUUGAGUUAGGCAUGAAGUUCAAAGACAAAUUGCAAAUUAGAGAUGCUAUGAAGGAAUAUGCAAUGGAACAAAAGAAAAACGCUGUCAUAACCAAGAAUGAUAAGAAGAGAGUAGUGGUAAGAUGCAUGGAUGGCUGCCCCUUUUAUAUACGGUUUAGCAUGAGGACUGGAAAUAUAUUCUGGCAACUUAUAAGUUUAACUGAAACACAUAGCUUCCAAAGGACACCCAAGAAUAGACAAGCAACUACUGAAUGGUUAGGUCGCAAAUUUAUGUAUAUGUUGAGACACAGUCCCGAGAUGAGAUGUAAAGGCCUGAUUGCAGAAGCCCUUCAAAAAUGGGGUGUUAAGUUGUCAAAAGACCAAGCUUACAGGGCUAAGAGAAAGGCAUUAGAGUUGAUUCAAGGAGCUGGUCGUGAACAAUUCUCACAUUUGAGGACCUAUGCUAAUGAAUUGCUUAAGUCUAAUCCAAACUCUACAGUUAAGAUUCAGUGUUCAGAUUCAAAUGGUGGUCCUACAUUUGAGAGAAUUUAUGUAUGCAUGGAAGCAUGUAAGGCGGCCUUUGUCACAACUUGUAGACCCUCAAUUGGGUUGGAUGCAUGCUUUUUAAAGGGGGAUUUUGGAGGUCAGUUGAUAGCUGUUGUUGGAAAGGAUGGAAAUAACAAGAUUAUGCCUAUAGCAUAUGCAGUUGUGGAAGCCGAAACCAAAGACUCUUGGAAAUGGUUCCUGCAUUUGUUGCUCGAUGAUUUACAACAAAUCCAAGACAAGGCCUACGGAUUUAUAUCAGACCAGCAGAAGGGAUUAGUACCGGCUAUUCUGGAGACAAGCCAAAAUGUCGAACAUCGACUAUGUGUCAAACACUUGUAUGGCAAUUGGAGAAAGAAAUACCCGGGGAUAGAGCUAAAGGAGGCUUUAUGGAGGGCUGCCAGAGCAACAACAUUACCUGGAUGGGAGAGGGCAAUGAUCCAUAUGAAAGAACUUAAUCCAAAGGCUUGGAAAGACAUGAUGGCAGUUCCUGCUUGUAAUACCCGGGCACAUUUUAAGCUAGAUACACAAUGCGACUUACAAGUCAAUAACAUGUGCGAAGCCUUCAAUAGAGCAAUAUUGGAGUAUCGAGAUAAACCGAUUAUUACAUUGCUGGAAGGAAUCAAGCACUACUUAACAAUGCGGAUUGCUACACAAAAAGAUGCUUUGUCUAAAUGCAAAGGAAUUAUAAGUCCAAACAUCCAAAAGGUCUUAGAGAAAUCAAAAAGGGAAGCUGGUGGAUGGAGUGCAACUUGGCAUUCUGAUGAUGAUUUUGCCAUUUUUGGGGUAUCAAAUGGUAUUGACGCGUAUGUUGUGAAUCUGCUUCAAAAGAAAUGCUCAUGUAGGAAGUGGGAAUUAACAGGGAUAACUUGUUGUCAUGCUAUUGCUUGCAUUUGGUAUAACAAAAAAGCGCCCGAGGAUUAUGUUUCUUCGUAUUACAGGAGAUCUACUGUGCUUGCUACAUACAGUCACAUAAUAUUGCCAACAAAUGGGCCACAACUAUGGCCAAUUAGUGGAGACACUGCCAUUAACCCACCUGUCAUGAGGAGAGCUAUUGGACGCCCUAAAAAGAAUCGAAACAAGGCUAAUGAUGAGCCUCGAAGCACAAACACGUUGCCAAGAACUCUUCAAACUGUGAAAUGCAAAAAAUGUGGAAAUAUGGGACAUAACAAAAGAACUUGCAAAGGUAAGAGAGCAGCUGACAGAUCCAUUCCUAAGGGUGGCAACAAGAAGGCAAAAAAGAAGGAAACAAAGAAUGUUGAGCAAACUGUCAUAGAAGGAGGCUCGCAAGCACCAAGACCAACUCAAGAAUAG